AUGAAUGUGGAUACAUUUUUUUGUAAAGCAGGUGUUUUGUGACUUUCAGGAUGGCUUCCCCUGACGCAGAGCGUUCGUCACGGCUCCAAAGCUGUGACUCGCCACCGGCGGCCGAUGCACUUCCUCAAACAGAAGAUGUUGGCGGUCACAGAGUACGUUCCUCCGACACGAGUCGCUCCUCCAGGAGCUUAUCCAUCCAAAACCAAACGAGUGCAGGAGGACAGCCCUUUCGCGUUAAUCUUGAAGAGGAAUUUGAAGGACAUAUUCCAGGACUGUAAGAUGAUCGCUGUGGCCCAGAAUAACGGCAGUAACGCUGAAGAACUGUUGAUUCUCAAACACAGACUUUGUAAACACGGCAUCACUGUCAAGUUCUUCCCCAACCAGGUGAUGCUGUCGUUCCUGAAAGACAGCGUUUACUCCAACAUGGCUCCUCUGUUCAUCGGCCCCACGGUCCUUUUUGUCAGUAAAGAGCCAAAAGUGAGGGAGAUGCUGUCGAGCCUGAGGGUCAGCCCGCACGUGACCCUCCUGGGAGCCUGUAUAGAAGACACGCUGCUGAGCGCGCAGGGCGUGGUGAGCUACUCCAAACUGUCGACGAUGGCUGUUGCCCAGGGUCAGCUGGUCAGCGGGCUGAUGAUGCUGACCUCCCACACAGCCUCCAUGCUGCAGCGCCACCCGGCUCACCUGUCUGCCCUCCUGCAGCAGUACGUCAAACAGCAGAGCUCGGACGGCGAUGCAGAGGGAGCUCCUAACGCGGAGGAGGCCACGUAGAGCUGCAGAGGAUCAGACUGGGACUGUGGCCUUGUAGAUAUCAAGCUGCUUGGAAUGACGGGGACGGCCGGUUUGGAUGCAAAAAAAGAAGUUUAGAAAAAUAUGACUGGAGCAGUUUAAUUGGCGCUAAAUUAAACUAAACCGUAUAUUGUGCAUCCAGCCGCAGGAUCAGUGAGGCUGCUGUGAAUGAAGGACUCUGCAGACUGAUUUUAGUGCAUCCCAACUUUUCGAUGGAAGUCUUGGAUGAACAGUUCUGCCAAAAUGUCAGUGUUGCCCAAGAAAUUCCUUCAUUUAAAGAUAAAGUCACAUAUAAAUAAACUACUACAACACAA